AUGCGAAAGCUGCGCUAUCAUGAAUACAAGCUUCUGAAGAAGGAUAACCUUUACGAAUGGAAGCGAGAGAAUCAUCACCGAGAGUAUCGGGUUGUACGUCGUUACUAUCUGCCGAGCCCUGAGGUGUACCAUACCUACAACCAGUUCGUGGGAAAGGUAACCGCGCUGGUGUCGAAGCUGAAGGCGCUUGAGGUGAACAAUCCGUUUCGAAUAGACCGCACUGAGAAGCUACUGAACGAGUUAUAUGAUCUCGGGCUGAUUAACGUAAAAUCUGGGUUGGAUGUGUGUGCGAACGUGACGGUAUCGGCGUUGUGUCGGCGGCGGUUGCCCUCGGUGCUCGUUCGCAAUCACUUUGUGGAACGCCUGUCGGAUGCGGUUGCGCUUAUCAAGAGGGGCCACAUACGGAUUGGGCCGCAUGUGGUACGAGAUCCAAACUUGUUGGUUACGCGGAGUAUGGAGGACCUGAUAACCUGGGCAGAUGAUUCGAAGAUUCGCGAGGUCGUCGAGCGGCACCGAGUUGAGUAG